AUGGCUAAUACCCUCAACAAGAGAGAAGAGGGGACACUUCCAAGUCAGCUAGUGGCCAACUCGAAGGGACACUACAUGGUAGAAGGCAAUACUUCAUAUCACCAGCAAGUUCAAGCCAACACCACAUUGCGUAGUGGAAAAGGGGUCGACAAUCAUGUGCAAGAAAAUGUGGAUGAGCAAACUGAGAUCCCGCAGAAUUUGCAGAAGGACAAAGGUAAGCAAGUAAACAAUGAGGCUUCUUCUUCAUCAGCUCCCACUUCUGAGAUACCAUAUGAGCCUUGGGUCCCGUUCCCGGAAUGUCUCAAGGCACCUUCUCACUUUGGGAAACAAGGAGAGAAAAUACAAGAUAUGAUGGAGGUCCUCAAACAGGUAAAAAUCAACCUCCCACUGCUUGAUACCAUCAAGCAAGUACCUGCCUAUGCAAAAUUCCUUAAGUACUUGUGUACUCAGAAAAGGAAAAGCAUAAAUCAUAUUCCCAAGAAAGUCCUUACUAAGCAUGCGAGCUCCCUGAUUCAGCACAGUACUCCUCCGAAGUUCAAGGAUCCUGGAUUCCCUACAAUUUCAUGUAUCAUCGGACAGAGUGAGAUUGAUAAAGCACUCUUAGAUUUAGGAGUUGGUGUGAAUUUACUUCCCUAUUCAGUGUAUCAGCAACUUGGCCUAAGGGAACUGAAGCCCACCACAGUGAUUUUGCAGUUUGUUGAUCGGUCUAUUAAGAAACCAAGAGGGGUAAUAAAAGAUGUCAUCAUCUGA